AUGAGCCACCGGAGGCGAUCUCGCGCUGCCGGCUCGCCGCAUGGCGACGCCGGUCCGGACCCUACGCCGGAGAAGUCGGGACGGAUCCGGCCGUGGGCGGUGCUGGGUUCGGACCGGAGGGUGCUGGCGCUCGCGCUGGCGUUCUGCGCGGCCAACGCGCUGGUCGUGCGCACCUACUUCAACCCCGACGAGCACUGGCAGUGCCUCGAGGUCGCCCACCGCGUCGCCUUCGGGUAUGGUCACCUUACAUGGGAGUGGAAGCAGGGCCUGCGAAGUUACCUCCACCCGUUGAUCUUUGCUGCUUUCUACAAGAUCCUGGCGCUGCUCCACCUGGGCACUCCAUGGGUUAUGUGCGGUACUGUAAAGUCUCAGGAAUGGAGACUUUCAGGUCUAAUUGCUUGGGUAUUAGGGGUUUACAGCAUUUUUGGACACAAAGAAUUCAGGUAUUCACCUUUUCUUAUUUACUCUUCUGGUGCUACCUUUAGCAUUGAUGCUCUCAGGUUACUGCUUAGCUGCCAUGUCACCAUUCAAGGGCAAAAAUCAGCAUGUGAUAACAAAGGGACCUUGGAUGAGUCGGAUCGUUUCCUUGCAAGCCCAUCUGAGUUUGUGGGCGAGGUUUCUGGAAAUUUAUCUACAUUCAGUCACAUUAUAUUAUUUGAGUCCAAAGAAAGACAUGUUUUCCAGUUGCUUGUGCACAAUUCCAUUCUUGAGGUGAAGAGAUUUUUCCACUCCCAUUUCAAGGUUGACAGAGACUUUCAGUCGUCUGUUGUGGUUUAUUCACGGAAGGAUGCGUUAUUUAGUACUGAUGUAGCAGAAAAAGCCUGUUAG